AUGUCGACUUCAAAACCAGUAACAUUCUUCUUCUUCUCCAUUUUCCUGGUGAUAUUAUCAACUGCACAUGGAUUCAACAUCACCGAGAUCCUUCAGCCGUUCCCGCAUUUCAGCGUUUUCAAUUCACGUUUGAGUGGAACAGGGUUGGCGGCGGAGAUCAACGACAUGAUAUCCGUGACGGUGCUUGUGGUGGCCGACGAUCAGUUGCGGUCCUUCAAUUAUUUAGCGGAGGAUGAAGUGAGGAAAAUCUUGAGCUUCCAUGUGGUGUACGGUUACUAUGAUCAGACGAGGCUGAAAGCGUUGACGGCCAGGACGAUCCUCCCCACGGUUUACCAAGGAUCUACCUUGACUGCUAACUACGACGGAAAUGGUGCGGUUAGCUUUAGAGCGGCCGAUUCAGAUCCUGAAAUGGAUGUCAAGCUGCUCGGCACUGUCGAAGCUCAGCCUCAUAGCAUUUCGGUUUUACAAAUUGCUAGUACCAUAACGCUUGGCGGACCGCCUUCCCCUCCGCCGCAACAACUACCGUCACCUCCACCGUAUGCUGCUCCGAAAGCUUCCCCUCCUAGGAAAAUGUUAGCACCAGCACCAGCUCCUGCGCAUAGUACUCAAGAGAAGAAGUCCCCUGCCCUGACCCCGUCCCCAACCCCAAAGCCAACCCCUUCUCUGGCUCCGUCCCCGAAGACAACCCCUUCUCCGUCUCCGGCCUCAAAGACGACCCCUUCUCCGACUCCGGCACCUAAACCAACCCCAUCUCCAGCCCCGGGACCGAAGCCGACCCCAACUCCGGCCCCGGGACCGAAGCCCACCCUAUCUCCGGCCUCUACCCCUACCCCAUCCCCGACCCCGACUCUAUCGGAACCAUCUACGAAUAAAACAAGCAAAGCACCGGGGGCAUCCCCGCGUCGACGUAAAACUAAACCAAGCAACAAUGGACCAUCUUCAUCCAAUACAAAAUCCAGCAGCAAUGCACGAUCUCCACCCAAGGCUGAACCAAGCAACAAUGCACCACCUUCGUCCAACGCUAACCCAAGCAACAACGCACCACCUCCACCCAAGGUUAAACCAAGCACUAGUGCACCAUCUCCAUCCAAGGCUAAACCAAGCACUAAUGCACCAUUUGAAGCCCCUUCAGAAUCGAAAUCGACUACACCACCGGUCGCUUCGCCACCAGCGGAUUCUAGUAAUGAAGAUGAAGACGUCCAGCCUUCAGCAGCAUCGCCGCCAAAAGCAUCUAGCAAUACACCACCACCGGCCCCGGCUACUACCGUUCAUGCUCCAGCUCCUGCUAAAUCUACUGCACCCGAACGUAUAAGCUCUGGGAAUUAUCUUGUUUCUAUCCUUAUGAUUCUCAUUGUUUCUCGGUUUUCGUUUAACAUUGUUUGA